AUGCAAUACCUCAGGGCUGUUGUCCUGGAGAGCCUGCGGCUGCACCCUGGGGCACACUUAAUACUCCCGCACGCCGUGCAGAGCGACGCGGAGAUCGCCGGGUAUAGGGUGCCCAAGGGCGCCGUGAUCAACUUCCUGGUCGCCGACUUUGGACUUGACGAGACUGCGUGGACGGCGGCACGGGAGUUCCGGCCUGAGCGGUUCCUGGACGGCGACGGCGACCUGGACAUGACGGGGAGCGGGGAGGUGAAGAUGGCGCCUUUCGGCGCUGGCCACAGGAUGUGCCCGGGGCACAUGCUCUCCGUGCUGCAUGCGGAGUACUUGGUUGGCGCCCUCGUCAGGGACUUCCAGUGGCUUCCGCCGCCAGGAGAAGACACUACCGUUGACAUGACCGAGGAGCCAGGUACCUUUAUCGUCAUGAAACACCGCCUUCGUGCUCGUAUCAUCCCAAGGACUUGUUAGUUACUUCUUCCGCAAAUUGUGUCAGUUCGGCCAACUUUGCUCUCGACCUACCUACAUGUUGCUGCCACUGUAACGGUCUUGGCCACAUGAAAUAAAGAGGAUUGUUAUUUAUUGACAAAACAAUGUGAUUUACUCAAGCAAAGGUUAUACUAGAAAUAACCUCAGCUGCUGAAUCACGCGCAGCAGGGAUUAUA